AUCAGGAAAGAGGAAGCGAAACCAGAAACCGAGGGGCCGAGCUAUUUAAAAUAGCCUUUUGUACAGAACACUAAUACUAGAGCCAGCCCUGCUGUCAGCAGAGAGAGCUGGGGAAAUAAUAUUCAGGAGAAAUAGCAGGCAGAAAAAAUAGGCAUGGAUGUAUUUAUUGUUGUUAUUAUUAUUUAAUUUGCAAACAGCAGGCAGCAAGAAAAUUAACAAAGAUAAAUAAUGAAUAGAGUAGAAAAUGCGUCGAUCUGCAAAUUCAGGAAAUACAGAAUCAUAGGCCAUUGAAAAUAUUUAGUCUAAAUCAGUAUACAAGUUUAUAACGCAUUUUCCUUUUAAGUAAUGCAUAUUAAUACAUAUAUUGCUAAAGGGAGAGGGGUUGAUGUUUCCUCCACGAGGACAGGCAUUUGUUUGUUAAAUUUAAAUUAACAAAACAGGUGCAUAUUUAACUUAUAAAUACUUUUGUAAACGACAAAAAAAAAAACACCUUAAUAUAUAUAUAUAUAUGACGCCCGGUGUGGAAGUGUUUCCAUUAGUCAAAAUCGUCCUUAGACAAUCAGCCAGUUUGGCUAUAUUUUGCUACAACAAACUGUUUUUAAACAAUCCGCAUUGGCGCCUCCAAGGAACAUUUUGGGAAUGUCAUCGGCAAUUGAGAGAAAGACCCUAGACACAACAGAGGAGCCUGUGGAUGAGGUGUUGCAGAUGCCUCCCUCCCUCCUGACCUGCGGGGGCUGCCAGCAAAGCAUUGGGGAGCGCUUCUUCUUGAAGGCCAUCGAGCAGUACUGGCACGAGGACUGCCUGAGCUGCGACCUGUGUGGUUGCCGGCUGGGUGAAGUGGGGCGGCGGCUCUACUACAAGCUGGGGAGGAAGCUGUGCCGCAGGGACUACCUCAGGUUGUUCGGUCAGGAUGGGCUGUGUGCGUCCUGUGACAAACGGAUCCGAGCGUUCGAGAUGACGAUGCGGGUGCGGGACAAGGUGUACCACCUUGAGUGUUUCAAGUGUGCCGCGUGUCAGAAGCACUUCUGCGUGGGGGACCGGUACAUCCUCAUCAACUCGGACAUCGUGUGUGAACAGGACAUCUUUGAGUGGACCAAACUCAAUGGCAUGCUCUAGGCUGGCCCUAUGAGAACAGGCCUCACAGUGAAUGAACUUCCUGUGUGGCUGCAGACUUCCUUCUCCAGGGAAACGUGCUCAUUAACAAGCGUUUGCUUCUUGUAAACCGCAGUGCAGGAUGGAGGAAUUCCCUUGUGUUUUUGGUUGGGUAUUUACACAAGGAAAAGAAUGGAGGAACCACUACCAGCCUUUCUGACAAACAGAGCGAUAUUUUCUUUGUUUUGUGGUUGGAUGUGGAGUGCAUAUUAUUCACUAUUACAAUGCAAUAAAAAAUGAAGGGAUUUUCCUGCCAAACCCCCUUAUUAUAAAUUAUUCUAGAGGGAAAGAAGGAGAAUUCCUUAAGGAUGGAAAUGACCCGCAGCGUUUUGAUGCGUUCCAUGUUUAAGUAAAGUUUAAAAAACCACAGUUUCAGCUACACUGAUGAAAGCACGAGCCAAAUCGUUUGUUGGCCUUAAAGGUUUCACCUUAUAUUUUUUUAUUAAGUGUGAUUGAAGUUAUGAUUUAAUAUUAGCUUAAUAUAAACUGAUUUAUAAAUGAUGAAUACAUUUGUUUUAUUUGGGGUGGGGGGGCUAAUAACAAAGGCCUCUUAAUUAAACACAUUGCAUAGUCUAUACAAUAUAACAGACUGCUAUGCAAUGGGCAUCUUAUUAUUCUGAAAGUAAAACCUGGAAUGGCUCAGACUGCUUUGCUCAGUCCCUCUUAUUCUCCAGCAGGCGCUUUCCUCACUGCAGCUACUGUUUAACAGGCUCUGAAUGUUUCACAGCUGAAGGUUGUGUUUAAAGGGUGCUUUCAAGCACUCAUUGUAACAAUAAAUAUUUUAGAAAAUAAAGGAUGA